GGGGGGGAAGCCCUUGGAAGAAGCGGAAAAAACAGGCGGCUUCUCGCAAGGUUGAGCCCAGAGGCGGGACUUCAGCCGCGGUGGGAAAGCCUCACAUUUGAGGCUAAGUCAUUUCGCCUCCCGGCUGAGAAAAGUGAAGCCGGCUCUUGCGGCGGUUGGUAGAAUGUUCAGCCUUUGCAAAAUGAGCCACAUUAAAGCAUUCCUUUUUGUGCUUUGGAACUUGACAAUACUUUGCAAAUUCUGCUUAACUGCUUUGCCACAGAAACCUGAAAACAUUUCUUGCAUUUAUAAUUACAGUUCCAUUCUUAAUUGUAGCUGGACGUCUGGAAGAGAAAUACCUGAUAAAACAAAAUGCAGUGUCAGAUAUUUAAUCAAUGAGACAUCUAGAGAAAGAAACGGUGUAAUGGAAAAUGGUUCAUGUAUAGCAAAAGAUAUUUCAUCUUUGAGUUAUGUUACACAAGUACAACUCUUUGGAGAAGAAGCAUUCAACUUGACUUCCCAACUUGUGAAAGAUUUAGUCAAACCUGAUCCUCCAGAAAUAGUGACAAUAGAAGGGAUGAAGGAAAUGCUAAGAGUUGACUUGAGAAGACACCCCAAAGAACCAUCUUAUGAUCCUUUUAUGUGUGAGAUUUGGUACCAAGCCACAACAAAAGAUAUUUCUGCCUACGCCAAUGUCCAGAUUAAAAAAUAUGAAAGAGAUAAAUCUUUAAAUCUCACUGGCCUGUGGAAUUUUACAAAUUAUACAGUUGCUGCUCGGUGUAGGUCUGUUUGGUCCAGUCACUGGAGUGAUUGGAGCAACAAAGUAACAAAGAGAACGGAAGAACAAGCUCCUUUGAAAGUAGACUUAUGGAGAGUAAUUGAAACUUGUCCUAAUGGAAGCAGAAAUGUGCAACUUUUGUGGAAGGAAUGUAAAGAAUUCCCAUCUUCAGGAAUAAUAACUGGCUAUACAGUAAAAUACAUUGCAGAACAUGUCAACGUUACCUUUGAAGGAAAAUACAAUCAGAAUGAGCCCAUCAUUCUCAACCUGACAGAGGACGCCUACAAUAUCAGUUUUACUGCUCAUAACAGUGCUGGAGAUUCUCCUGAAGCUACUAUCAGAAUUCCAUCAAAACAUGAAGAAACAAUAGAACAAAAAAGAAUUACUCGUCUGAAGGCUUCUGUUUUUAAAGAGGAAUUGGUUUUGAAAUGGGAUUCAACAGAUUCUGAAAUAAAUGGUUAUAUUAUAGAAUAUUAUGAUAAGUUGGAGAAAGACGCAAGCAAGAGAUCUUGGGAUAGGAUAAAAAAUACCACAGAAUGGACUUCCCCCAAAGGAACCUUGAAAAGGUAUAAAUUCUAUACUUUUUCAGUAUACCCUUUAUGUAAAGAUGAAAUAAAAAAACCAACUUCCAUCAGUAUCUACUUCCAUGAAAGUGUCCCAUCUACAGGCCCUCAAGCUGAAGUGGAAAAUACUGAUAAAGAUUAUGCUGUCUUAACAUGGAAAGAAAUUCCAGAAGCAGAAAGAAAUGGAGUGAUUAUUAACUAUACUAUAAUUUAUGAAGAAGGCAACAAACGUUUGGAAGAAACUGUGGACCGCAGUAUCCUGAAAUACACCGUUAAGUCUUUGCAGCCCAACACCAAUUACAAAGCUUGGAUUAUGGCAAACACCAUCGCCGGAGGAACAAAGGGAAAUGAAAUGUACUUUUUGACUAAACUACUUAGUACAACAGACAUUAUUCUUGCAGCUGUCUUUGUUGGAAUACUCAUGGCAGGCUUCUUAAGUUUUGGACUAUUAUGGGCUCUAAAAUAUAAAAUGAUAAAACGAAUUUGCUGGCCUCAGAUUCCACAUCCUGUAAUAGCAAGUUGUCCUGCUGUAUCUCAGAAAAUCAUAUUGGGGAACAGAUCUUGUGAGGAUGACAUCAAUAUUUUGAAAGUAGAUACUUGCAGGGAGAAUGAGUUGCUGAAUCCAGAAAACUGCUUUAAACAAGCCAAUGCUACUGCAAAAAUUACCGUUGCUGGUCAAGAGACUUUUUGCACCGGAGAAUACAAAGCUCUAGAAUGCUUUCUUCCAGUAUCUUCUUUGAACCACGACUUCUUCAACAAUCAACCUCUUCUAACUAUGAAAAGGGAUUCUGAAAGUUCUGCACAAGAAGAAGUGCAAUAUCAGGAAAAUUUGCAGGAGAAAACUGAAUUUAAUUCAUAUUUGAAAAACUCUGUUGUUCGAGAGAGUUCCUGGAUUGUGAGAAUGUAGAACAAAAUACAAAAGAACCUGAAACCCCACCUGCUUCUUUGGCCUGUUGCAGUGCUGGGGAUCCUUAUGUAGCACCAGAGACAGUUAAAU